AGAGCGCGGCUUCGGGGGAUGGAGGGUGCGCGGCAGACGGCGAGGGAGACGGCGCCUCGGCCUCGGAGGCGGCGGGACAGGGGCCUCUGCGACCGUCCGCCGGCCCCUCGCCGCCCCCCCGCCUCUCGUGCGACUCGUCCGGAAAACGGUCGCCCGCUCCGGUCCCUACAUCGUGCCCCAGACGAACCCCGUCGGAAUCACUGGCCGCGACUCGCGCCAUCUUGGCCAUUGGCCGUGGAGGCCCCGAAGCAGCUCCUGCGCGUGCGCCGCGCUCCGACCUCGGGCUGCGGGGCGCCGGGAGCGGAAGUGCUCCGCUGACCCGAGGGCGGCGCGAGGUCGCGCCGCUUGUUGUCCUCCGACCUGGCUGUCGGGUUCUGGUAGCCAAGUACCGGGAGGCGGAGCGGGCACGGGCCGGAGGGCAGGUGGGGGUGAUGGGUUCGCGCCCCUGCGACCUCGGGGCCCUGGGCUGAGUGUGGGCGACGGGCCGGGGGCGACAGCCAGUGAUACUGUCAUUGAGUCGUUGGGUCAGGUUCAGCGGCCGUUUGCUGAGUGUCUAGUACGUGCGAGGCGCCCUUGGGUGCACGGUCAUCCUCCCGAGGGCUGUGAGUAGGUACUACGAUUGUCUUCAUUAUAUCGCGAGAAAGCAAGAACAGAAAGGCUCGUAGCCUGUCCAGAGUCACACGGCUAGAAAACCCCGGGAGAUCCUUCUAGCACCUAUGCGUUUCUAACGAGCGUUCCCGAAAUGUAUCAACUUUGUGCUUGCUGUGUGCCUUCCCUGCUAGAACACAGCUCCGCAGGGUCGGGGAACUCUGCUUACUUUGUUCACUGAUGUACCUGCAACACGUUGGACAGGCCCACAGUAGGCACUCAACUUUUUCACUGAAUGAAUCAAGGCGACAGAGCGGGCAAUCAGUUCGAGUCCACAGCUAGGACCCUUAUGGGAUGACGCAGUGCUUAGCUCCUUGUCUGGUGACAAUUAGGCUGCUACUAAGCGUUUACUCUUAACACUGAAACGAGGCCUUGUGGCUGCUUCCAUAAAGUAUUCCAUCUGGGUUUUCCUCGCUUUCACUGCCUCAGAGAGGUUGCUCACUGCAUCUCCUGUGCGGUCGUUGUUUCCAGGGUCAGGGCGCAUCAGUGAGACCACUGCUCACCUCCUGCGGGCUCCGGCUCAGCCGCCCCUGGGCUUCCUAGUCUACAGAAGAGCCAGUCGAGGCCUCAGAAGAUCUCUGCCCUUUGUCUCGAGCAGAACAGGAUGGCCAUGUUCCAGGAGUCCUUGACCUUCCGGGACGUGUUUGUGGACUUCACCCUGGAGGAGUGGCGAUGUCUGGACUCGGCUCAGAAGAACCUGUACAGGGACGUCAUGCUGGAGAACUACAGCCACCUGGUCUCUGUGGGACAGCUAGUUCCCAAACCCGAUGUGGUCAUCAGAUUGGGACAAGGAGAAGAGGCCAGGACGGCAGAGGGAGAGACCCCGACGCGGAACCCUCCGGAAUUCUGGCAAGUGCAUGACCAGAUGGACAACCACAAGGAAAGCCAAGACCAACAUCUGUGGCCGACUGCGUUCGUAGACCAGGAAACACAGAAGGACCAAAGUGGCCAGGAAUUGACAACAUUCAGGACAAUCAUUUAUCCGGGCACAGACUUUGUUUCUAUAAGACAAAGACUCCCUAGAUAUUAUUCAUGGGGAAGGUGUUCAAAACAUAAUUUAAACUUUCUCUGUCAAAGCAGAAGUUCUGUAAGAAAGAAAGGUGUUGAGCGUAAGGCACAUUGGAAGUCGUGCUUCCACCCUAAUCUUUAUCCAGCGCAGCCUGGAAAGAAAUUCUUUGAGCCUAAUCAACAUGGAAAAACCCUCCACCAUAAGCAAGCCCUCGAUAAACCUCCAAGAAGUCAAACCAGGGAGAAACUCUUUGAGUGUUCUGAAUGCGGGAAAGUGUUUAUCCAGAAAGCCAACCUUGUCGUGCACCAGAGAACUCACACGGGAGAGAAGCCCUAUGAGUGCAGCGAAUGUACAAGAGCCUUCAGCCAGAAGUCAACCCUCAUUGCACACCAGAGAACUCACACAGGGGAGAAGCCCUAUGAGUGCAGCGAAUGUGGGAAAACCUUUAUCCAGAAGUCAACGCUGAUGAAACAUACGCGAACUCAUACAGCAGAGAAACCAUUUGUAUGUGGCGAAUGUGCAAAAGCCUUUAAGAGUUCCUAUCACCUUACUAGACAUGAAAAAACACACAUUAGACAAGCAUUUUAUGAAGGAGUCCACUGUGGUAAAUCCGGCCUUCCUUCCCCGAGGACUCAUACGGGUGAGAAACCUAACUGUAAUAAACAUGGGAAACCCUCUGAUGAGAAACCCAACCCCAUUAAACACCAGAGAUCUCCUAUAAAAGAGAAAGCUUACGAGUGCAGUAAAUGUGGAAAAAGCUUCAGGGGGAAGUCCCACCUCUCUGUCCAUCAGAGAACUCACACAGGAGAGAAGCCUUACGAAUGCGGCAUAUGUGGGAAGACUUUCAGUGGAAAAUCACACCUCUCUGUCCAUCAAAGAACUCAUACAGGAGAGAAGCCUUAUGAGUGCAGAAGAUGCGGGAAAGCCUUUGGUGAAAAGUCAACCCUUGUUGUACAUCACAGAACUCAUACAGGAGAGAAACCCUACAAAUGCGGUGAAUGUGGGAAAGCCUUCAGCGAAAAGUCACCACUGAUAAAACAUGAGAGAAUUCAUACAGGAGAGAGACCCUACGAAUGCAGCAACUGUGGGAAAGCAUUCAGUAGGAAGUCAACUCUCAUUAAACAUCAGAGAAUUCACACAGGAGAAAAACCCUACGAAUGUAGUGAAUGUGGGAAAGCUUUCAGUGUGAAAUCAACUCUCAUUGUACAUCACAGAACUCACACGGGAGAAAAACCCUAUGAAUGCAGAGACUGUGGAAAAGCCUUCAGUGGGAAGUCAACUCUGAUUAAACAUCAGAGAAGUCACACAGGAGAUAAAACCUAUUAAUAUACUUGAGCGUGGGAGAAUUUCCCUAUUAUACCUCAUUAUAGAUCAGUUCAUCCUGGGGAGUAAUCUUAGCAAUGUCAAGAAUGUCAGAAACUCUUCAGAUAUUAAUGUUCCUUUAAUGUAAUAAAAGGUUCAAAAAUAUAAUUCCAGAAGCAUGUAAUAAAUGCGACCAGUUUUUGACCCAGAAGGUCUUACGAGUGAAUUGUAUAUCAGGGAAUUCAACAGUGGCAGAAUUAUGAGUGUAUUGACGUGAGACAACCUUGAGAAAGAAUGUAAAUGUUAUCGCCUAACAGAGUCUUUAUGCUGAGGAAAAACUAAGAGUCGAAUGAGUUUAGAAAACUAUGUCAGCAAUUAUGAGAGAAAUGUGUUCCAUAUUCUGUAACAUUCUGUGGGAAAGGUGCAGAGGCUGCUAACAAGGAGUCAAAUAGAAAAAAGUGAGGUUCACCCUGGAAUAGAACACACUUUUGAAAGAACAGUAUAGAGCAUAAACUGUUAAUCCCAGCUGGGGCAAACUCCCCGUUAUUAUUAUUAUUUUUUUUAUUUUUAAUGUUGAUUUUUUGAGAGACAGCACGGGUGAGUGGGGGAGGGGUAGAGGGAAG